GCCGAGUCGCUUUUCCCAUUUGCUCGCCUUCUCACUGGGUUCUUGUAGCGGGGAAGGAGUUGAAUGUAUCACAUCUGUGAUCUGGGCACCCUGGUCGCUUGGUUUUAACUGAGCUAGUUAGGCAUCUUGGGAGUUGUCGGCGGGGUUUGCAUGGGUCGGGAUAUGCAUGGCAUCCAAUUGAUGACGCCGAGCAACUGCAUAGUUGUCGUUCUUCUGGAGAAACGGGCUGGAAGGUUGCCGUAUUUCAGACUUCGUAGGGCUCGGUCUUCUUGGUCGUUAAUGUUUUUACCUUCCCCCUUCGUUCUUGAGUUUCUAAACAGUCCCGAAACAUAGUUUGUUUGUUUGCGUAUUGUUCGGAUGUUAUGUGCUCCCCCUGAGAACCGCGCGCCAUGAGUAACAUGUAGCGAAUGACUGUUCCCACCGAAGCCCACAGUCGAGCCAGCAACACGAUCGCUGGGAUUUUCGCAUGGUCAGCGGCCCCGGCGCUCCUCAGCUGCCACCGCCUGGUGCAAUUUAGAGUUGGCCCAGGCGGAGAGUCUCCAGUAGCCCUCUGCAAUUCCCAGACUGGUGGCACCAGAGCCAGGCAUUUACCCAUCGACCGGGCUGGGCUGGGAGCUGUCUGAUUCACCAGUCCCCGGAAGUUCUGCUUGUGCCCAACUCAGCAAUAAUGAUUGCGAAAGAUUUGUAGCUCGCACCCGCCAACGAGCCCAGCGGACAAAAGCAUAAUAGCAAUAAACUCUGAUAGUUCGCUGUAUUCCAACUGACUAGUCGGUAGUCAACAAACUAGAACGAGUCGGGGUCGUUGUUUUUGAUCCAGCCAAGGUGACUUACUGUCAGGAAAAAGGCGCUGAUAAUCUUCCCCUCUGCCGCCAUGUUUUCAUUUUUUUUUUUUUUUCUCUCUCGAUCACUCGCCGCCUUUUCGCUGGCUUCUGUUUCCCUUCUCCUCGCCUCGCCCGCGCAUUUUCGGACCCGGACCAGAAGAAGGCGACGAACUAUAUAGAAGCAUAUAUAUAGAUAUAUAGACAUAUAUAUAUAUUCGUAAAGACAUCCGCUUCCUUUCUCGAUGCGGAAUUUAUCACAGGCUAUAUCGUUGCUAGCCGCGUGGGACAUCAGCGUCCAAGGAUAAAAUCCAUACAUAUAUCAGAAUAAUUUCUUCGCAAAUGUCCUCCGCAAACGAAUCACCGCCUAUCUCGGUUGAUUCUGAGUGCGAUACCAGUGGUGACCAGAUCUAUGGUGAUGACCUCUCGUCGUUCGUGCAAUCCUUAGCUUCGACUGUUAUCACAGAGACUUAUGAAAAUGAUACCAUUCUUUUAGAGAAGGCUAAGGAGAGUAACCGACUUGAUAUCGUUCAUUAUAUGAUGGUCACGCUCUGCGAUGAAAAGCUUCACCUUGCACCCAUUGGACCGAGUCCCCAGAAUAUCCUCGAUAUUGGAGCUGGGACGGGCAUUUGGUGCUGUGAAAUGGGUGAUGAAUAUCCUUCUGCACAGAUAUUAGGCGUGGACUUGAGCGCAAUACGAAACACAAUGCACGCCACCCCAGAAAACGUGAGAUUCGAAAUCGACGACAUAGAAAGCGAGUGGGCAUUUAUCGACUCGUUCGACUACAUCCAUUGCCGCUACAUGUACGCUGCAAUACGAGAUUGGCCACGGCUGGUUGAAAGAUGUUUUGAGCACCUGACACCUGGCGGCUGGGCGGAAUUCCAAGACUUCGAUGUUCAUUGGUAUUCCGACGACGGAUCGUACGAUCCCAAGUCAGCCCUCGGUCGAUGGUUCAGCCUGUUCUAUGAAGCUGCCCGCCAGCAUGGCCGGGAGCUGGCGCCCGGGCCUAGACUUGAAGGGCUGGUCCGCGGCGCUGGUUUCACGGAUGUGGUUGUUAAGAAGAUGCGGGUUCCUGUUGGGAGGUGGCCGAAAGAUCCGAAAUUGGUGCGUAUCCGUCCUUUAUCAUCAUUAUAUUUCAGUAUUUCAUUUAUUUGCUUGUUUAUUUUUGUUUCCCUCCCACCAGACCUGUGUAAUUAGAGAAACAAUGGGAAGAAGGGGCUGAGUUGACUAAAACGGUCGGGACCUGGAACCUCCUCCAAGUCAUCGAGGGCAUGGAAGGAUUUUCUUUGGCCCUCUUCUCACGCGUAUUGGGAUGGUCUCCUGAUGCCAUCCAAGCCUUCGUCUCUGAGGUGGUGAAGGACCUCCGCAAUCCAAAAAUGCACGCACAGUUCGAUCUAUACAUUGCCUACGGCCGUAAACCUGAAUCGAGCACAUGAUAUGCAUCCAACACGGGGACGGUUGGAAACAAAUUCUAAGCCGUUGAGAAUGUUUAAAUGGAAGGCGAAUCCCAAAUCUACGAAUUUGAAAAAGGAAAAAGGAAAAAGAAAAAAGAAAAAAAAAACAUUGACGAUCUCAACUAUCUUGAAACAUGCGACUUCCGGUCGAUUUCUUCUAUCCAGUUCGAGUUUCUGGAAGGAGGAAGGCCGAAGGAAGUGGGAAUGGGUGGCUUAUUCUCCAAUUACAUAGGGAAAAUGGAAAAGAAAAAACAAAAGAAAAAAAAAAUUGUUUGAGAAACGGGGAGUAAUUAAGAACAAGCACAUAUGCAUACAUACAUACGUACAUAUAUAUAUAUAUAUAUAUAUAUAAGCCUUAGCGCAAUAUACAUAUAUGGGAAAUAAUAUAUUCACAUUUUCAAUUCCCA